CUAUUGUAGGGCUUGGGAUAGGCUAACACGGACGCGAAAACCGCCACCCCUGGAACCCCCCAGCGCGGCGUGGCGCCUCUUGCCUGAAAAAUCUCUUGGAAACGUUGCGGGGUAGUAGCAACGCCCGGAUUCUGCUGCGAUGUUCACGUUUCUCUACAUUACCACCAAGAUACCUGUGCUAGAUGCUGUUGAGCGACAAAGAUGGGGGCUAAUUCUCGAGGAGCAGCUCGCACAACCGUCCCGAAGAAGCCUGCUCCAGGCUUGGUGGGUAAGCAGCAGAGCAUCCUAGGAUUUUUCUCCAAGGUCGCUUCUGCUCAAGCUAAUGCUUCCCCGUCAUCCUCCCGUUCGACUGUUACGCACGCCCCAAACACAGACCAGACGGAGGCACUCAAGGCCAGACCUCUCUCAGUCUUGACGCUUGCAAGCAGUCCCGCCCGGAGGGAACAGGCUGCUAACUGCACCCAACCAUUGCGCAAGGACGAGCACCAGGAUGAGAGACACAGAUGGGAUAGGACCGCUCUUCCCGAGGCCGAAGACGACGACGAAGACGACGACGACGAAGACGACGACGACGACGACAAAGAAGAAGAAGAAAGCGGAAUCAGGAACAAGAACGUCAACAGCGAUGACAACCGUACGCCAAGCGGAUACCUAUCCCCAGUCGUUCAUGGCAUGGAGGACAUCGCGGUCUCCGACGAUGGCGAAAUGCAGCAGAAGGAAAAGAAGAGGAAGCGGCAGCCUGAAAAUAACAACCCACGCAAACGGUCGACGGUGCCUUCCCCUUCAGGAGGCCAGGAUGAUCAUCAAGAGGGCCAAGCCAUGUGCCAAUGGCGAUACGACCCGAACAGCGCUGGGCCCGCCCGGCCCGCCCAGCCCGGCCCGGUAACGCUGCAACCAACUCCUACAGCAUUUCCUAGCAAGGGCAAGGAAAAGGCCCACAACAUCAAGCAACCGCGAGGGAGAAGCGCGUGGCUGGCGAACGUCAUGGACAUGGAAAAGAGGACGCCGGACCAUCCCGAGUACGACAAGUCGACCCUCUUCAUUCCUCCUCACGUCUGGAACAAUUUCACUCCCUUUGAGAAGCAGUACUGGACAGUCAAGCAGAGGUACUGGGACACGGUAGUUUUCUUCAGGAAGGGCAAGUUCUACGAGCUGCUCGAGAACGAUGCAAUCCUCGGCCACCAACUCUUUGACCUCAGGGUCACGGAACGUAUCAACAUGCCAAUGGUUGGUUUUCCUGUGACCUCCUUCGACACGUGGGCGAACCAGUUCCUCUCCAAGGGCUUCAAGGUGGCAAGGGUGGAUGAGAUGGAAUCCGCUCUGGGCAUGGAGAUGCGGGUGCGAGACAGCGCUGCCGCUAAGAAGGACAAGAUCAUCCGACGCGAGCUUGGCUGCGUCCUGACUGGUGGGACUUUGGUGGAGGAGGCCAUGCUUCACGAUGACAUGGCAACCUUCUGCGCAGCUAUCAAAGAGUCCAUCAUCGAUGAUAAGCCAGCCUUCGGCAUUGCUUUUGUAGAUGCUGCCACGGGUCAGUUCUACGUCUCCCAGUUCAAGGACGACGCGGACCUGACCCAGUUUGAAACUUUGGUGGUGCAGACGUCGCCGCGAGAGCUGGUUCUGGAAAAGUCGCAUCUUUCGGCCAAGGCCAAACGUAUCCUCAAGAACAACACGACGCCAAUGACCAUCUGGAAUCACCUCAAGCCCGGUACUGCCUUCUGGGAUGCCGACACGACGCGGCGGGAGCUUGAUUCUGGCGACUAUUUCGGAUCGGAGGGAGGGGCAACCUGGCCGGAAACAUUGGCCCAAGCCCGAGAUAGCGACUUGCUCCUGUCUGCUUUCGGCGCUCUUGUCCACUACCUUCGUACGCUCAAGCUUGAGCGCAGCCUCAUCUCCCGGGGCAAAUUCCAGCUCUAUAACCCCAUCCACCGCCACGGUACUCUCAUCCUCGACGGGCAGACCCUCAUCAACCUAGAGAUCUUCGCUAAUAGCGUAAACGGAGGUGGCGAGGGGACGCUAUUCAAGCUGCUCAACCGUUGCAUUACGCCGUUUGGUAAGCGCCUUUUCCGCCAGUGGGUCUGCCAUCCGCUAUACAAUGCCCAACAAAUCAACGAGCGUCUAGACGCGGUAGACACCUUGAAUGCCGAUUGCAACAUCCGAGACCAGUUAUCGUCCGGGAUGACCAAGAUUCCUGACCUUGAGAGGCUCGUCUCCCGGAUCCGCGCGGGUAGCUGCAAACCCAACGACUUUAUCCGCGUUUUGGAAAGCUUCGAGCAGAUUGAGUACACCAUAAGCCUACUGCGUGCGUCUAGCGGCAGCGGCAGCAGCAGCAGCAGCAGCAGCAGCAACGGCAUCCUAGGACGGCUUCUGGCGUCUAUGCCCAAUCUGAGCGAACCUCUCGAUUACUGGAAGGGUGCAUUUGACCGCGAAAAAUCCCGCCAGGAAGGGUUGUUUACCCCCAACAGAGGAAUCCGGGACGACUUCGACGGCAGUUCCGAUAACAUUGGCCGCAUCAAGAGCGAGCUUCAGGCUCUUUUAACCAAGCAGAAGAGCGCCCUGAAGAAUCGGAGCAUCAAGUUCGCUGAUGUAAGUAAGGAGGUCUACCAACUCGAAGUCCCGAAAGCCGUCAAGGUCCCCAAGGACUGGCGGCAGAUAUCUGCCACAACAACUGUCAAAAGAUAUUACUUCAGAGAGCUAGACAGCCUUAUCCGGGAGCUGCAGGAGGCCGAGGAACUCCACUCGCAGACUGUCCGUGACAUUACCUCUAGCUUUUACCAGACUUUCGACGUGGACUCGGAGACCUGGCUCCGGAGCAUCAACAUUGUUGCGCAGCUGGACUGCCUCAUGAGCCUGGCAAACCUAUCGUCUUCCCUGAGCGAGCCACGCUGCCGCCCAAUAUUUGUCGACGAGAAGCGGAGCGUGGUCGAAUUUGAGGAGCUACAGCACCCGUGCAUAUUGGUCGACGAUUUCAUUCCCAACGACAUCAAGCUUGGCGGCAGCGAGGCCAAGAUUAAUCUGCUCACUGGUGCCAACGCAGCCGGCAAGUCGACGAUUCUAAGGAUGACUUGCGCUGCCGUCAUCAUGGCCCAGAUCGGCUGUUACGUUCCGGCCGUCUCCGCUCGCCUGACGCCUAUUGAUAGAAUCAUGUCUCGUCUUGGGGCCAAUGACAAUAUCCUUGCUGCCCAGUCCACAUUUUUCAUCGAGCUGUCCGAGACGAAAAAAAUCCUGGCCGAAGCAACUCCUCGCUCGCUUGUUAUCCUCGACGAACUUGGUCGAGGUACUUCGUCGUAUGACGGACUCGCUGUUGCGCAGGCAGUCUUGCACCAUAUCGCCAGCCAUAUCGGCUGUGUAGGCUUUUUUGCAACUCACUACCGCUCUCUGGCCGAGGAGUUCGACAAGCACCCGGAAAUCCGGCCCCGACGGAUGCGGGUUUACGUUGACGAUGUAGGUCGCCGUAUCACGUUCUUGUACAAGCUGGAGGACGGGGUUGCAGAGAGCUCUUUCGGCAUGCACUGCGCAGCUAUGUGCGGCAUCCCGAACAAAGUGAUCGAGGGAGCCGAGGUUGCAGCCCGGGAGUGGGAGCACACGGGCCGUUUUAAGAGGAGCUUGGAACGCGCCAAGGCUGGGUGUUACAUCCCUCUAGGCAUACUGAGCGAUGUCUCCAAUAUGCUGCGAGACGACGGGGAUGGUAUGACGGAGCACGACGUUGACGUGUUGCUGCGAACUAUUGAAGCUCUCUGAGGGCAUACGCCAUUUGUUGUAUUUUGAAUUUGGCGUCUGCUGUCGAAUCCUCAUUGUGAGAUAGUCCUGGGAGCGAGCCGUACAGGUUCAGGGCUCCCCUCGAGGGAACGCUGCUGUACCGACUAGCCCUAUAGUCGACUGAUCACGGCCUCAUCGCCCACGUACUUAGUUAAUUUAGACAUUGGCACGCACAACCGGCAGCGAUCAGGUAAGAAGCGUCCGCGUCAAAGGCGUACGA